CCCUAACAAUCAACGUAUAAAAACAGAAAUUUUCAGAGUCGUCGGAUUACACACGAUAACAGAAUUUAUAAUUAAUCUGAAUUCGCAUAAUUACUCGCAAUGUAUCCGCUUCAUAGUCAGUUUUGUAUGUAUUCUCCCGCGCGAUAACAACAACGUAUACGAGUAUAAGUAUUCGAAGUGUUAAAAUGUGUUUAUUAUAAGUGGACUGCUACAUAAGCGGCAACUCGGCAACUUAGCAACUUCGUUUCGCGUCAGUGGAACGAAAAUGAUAAGAAGUUGCUCGGUUAUUGGCUGGAACUAGCAACCAAAUCAAAAUUUUUUGAUUUGGUUGCCAAGUUGCCAGUUGCUGGUUGCUAGUUGCCGCUUAUGUAGCAGUCCACUAAAUGUAAGUUGCACAGCGUAGCACACAGUUCGAGAGAAUUAAUAUUCGGUGCAGUUGUGUGUUUUUCGCGAGUUAUGGUAAUUAGCCUAUAUAUACUUAAUCGAAUUACCACAAUUAUGAUUUAAGAAAUUAUCGUAUUCGUAUGGAUGAGUCAGAGAUUUGAUUCUUGGAACUAUUUUCGUGGUUUGCUGAGAUAUUAUUCGAUUGGACGAAUAAAAGUAAUCAACGGUCUUCAGGUAUUUUUAUUGAAUGACUGUUGCAGAAGGCAUAAAAGUAUACUUACCUAACGCAGAUUCGAAUUUUCAUAUGAUAAAAUCAUUCACGCUUCAGAAUCAUGCCAUCGAAUGAAAAAUUAAAUUUUGCAAAGAGGCAAGCACCGAUGCCACAAUCUCACUAUUACAUCAGUGGACCCACAAAUAUUUAUGCUCAGCCACCAACAUCCGCCAUACCUCAAAAUCAGAAAAGAUCAAGACCAAAAGAUCGUGUUCUUGUUGAAGGUACAUCGGAACACCGAGCGAGACUCUCUGCCUGUGGAACGACCAUUGUAGGUGUACAACCAUCAGUAUCGUCACCUACGCCACCAAAAAGACUCAGAACUGUUGUUAAUAAAAAUGGAACGGAUCUGCCUAAUAAAUCCUCUAUAUUUCCUAUCAGGGUUGUUCCUUAUGAAAAACUGGCCGCACAUCAGGACACACAACCUUUUGAUCUGAGGAAAGUCAAAUCAGAUGAAACGAAAUCCAACUCAGAUAAUCCUGGAAAUAGUAUUGCACCAAUAGCAGAAUCGGCGUCAGAAAAAACGGAGAAUAAAACCAACGAAUCAGAACCAGGAAGGAUUCCAACUGCAGAACAAUCCACUUCAGUAUUACUUCCUCCUUUGCUGGAUCGUCAGAACCAAUUGAAAACACUUAUACUUUUUUUAAAGCGUGGAAUAGAAAGAGGGCACUCUUUUGCUUUCGGAACACUGAAAGAUGAAACUGAAAACUUCAAUCAUAUAGCUUUCCGGUAUAAAGAAACUGACAGUACUUCAGUGUGUCGUUUCCUAAAAUGUGUACACAAAAAGCAAACUGGAGUGAUCUGUCUAAAAGAUUUUUUCAACUCAGAUGGCGAAUUCAGUCUACAAAAAUAUUUCAUUUUAUUUCGUAAAAUCGUGGAAAAUCCUCUAUUCGAAGGUCACAAAAUGAAAGAUUUUGUGAUCUGUACAAAUUACAACUUGGAAGAAAGUUUGAAAAAUUAUUUCGAACCAGUUUCCGGCAACGAUGAGAUAUUGAGUUUCCAACAUGAAAAGUCCACGCUUUUGAGACUGAAAUUUAAAGAAUUAUCUAAAAAUCACAAGUUAGUUUCUUCAUUAAAACAAUCGUCCGAAUGUAACAGAUUAGCCAACAGACUCGCCGAAUACGUAAUUAACGAAAAACUCAUCGAUUUGAAUGACGAUUUGUUUAAAACUUACCAUCGAGCUCUGAGAGAACACGUUAUUCAGGUGGAAAAUAUAGAAGAAAGCAAUAAAGGAAAACAUUCAAUAAAUGCUAAAUUUUACAAUAGCUUUUUGAACGAAUAUUUGCCUGAUUCGGCGAAAAAGUUCAGGAGGGCUUUUUACGAAGCGUGUCAAGCAAUAUCAAAGGCUCCCAUCAAUGAGAACACGUUCUGGCAAAAGAUGAAAGGCACGAAGCUGAAAAUUUCGCCAUCCUUCAAGACAUAUUUUGAACUAGACGAUAAUCCUCAGAUUAAAAGCUGCGAAAGAUUGGCUGAAAAAAUCGCCGAAGGAAUUAGUGAAGCUAAGGAUGACGCUGUUAAGAUAGAAAAAAGAGGAAACGUGAUGAUAGAAAAUAUUCAUAAAUUGGCAGGACACGUAUUCGUAAAGAAAAACACUAAAGAAGAAGAUACGUAUUAUUUCAGUUCAGAAUUUGUCAACGACCGAUUUAAAUUGCCAGGUAAUCUGGAAACUUUCAGGAAGAACUUGAGAGCAGAACUGCAUAAAAGAAAUUUAUCACUCGAUAAUGCCAAGUAUAAAUUCCGUAUUGCGAAAUUCAAUACUUGCGAAGAAGCAGUGGUACAUUCGAAAGUUUACCUUCCUGCAGAUGACGACGGAGUCUCUGAAGAACAAAUGAAAUAUUUUUUCAAUAAAUUAGUAUUGGCCAUAAAUCAACCUAAUGACGCCGAACUCGGUCAAAUCAUCGAAAAAAAAUUGAAUAAGUAUUUCAACUGGAUUGAAGGUAAUUCCAUAUCGAAUCCUCUUCAGGGAUACAUACAAGAUUGGAUGCAAGCUGAAAAAGGGCGCUUUCUUACCCAUCAAGAUGGUGAAUUAUUUUUCAAAAAAAUUGAGAAAAAAAUUUCCAACCUGGUGGUACAUGAUUCCACCCAAGAGUAUUGCGCUAAAAUCGAAUCUUUUGGAAUAAAAUUCCAAAAUAUUCCGCAAGAAUUACGAAGCUUCUUGACUUCUACAGAUGAACAAAUUUUCAUCCUGAUUAGUUCAUCUAAAAUAACCAGACUGAGUGCUAUCAAAGUAAUUCAAACGUUGAAAACCGUUCCCACCUAUAAGAAUAAGAAGAAUUUUAUUUCAAUGCAUCUGCGUUCCAUUUUACCCAUACAAGAUCGUCUAAUAGAUGCUUUUGAAUCUGAAAAUACCAAUAAUCUGUUAGUAAUUGAAAGUGAAGCUAUAGAAGUGAUUGAUAAAUGGAAAUUGCUUUAUAGAUUAUGUUCAAUAAUAGAACGUCGUCGAGACAAAAAAAUUAUUCUGAUUGCUCAAGAAAAUGAUGUGUUGGCUGAGGCGUUUGAGGGAGUUUUUUCUGAAAAUAGUAAGUGCAGGAAGAAGAAAGAUACGGAGAAUAGCUUAACUGAUAUCACACAGGAGACGCACAGUAAAUUACUGGCAAAUGAAAUAGUUAAAGUUAAAUUAGCCAAUGCUAUCAAGGAAGAAUUAUUAUACAGUUUGUUGGAAACAAAUGCGAGUACUGGACCAAAUGUAAGAAACUAAUUUUUAUCAACUAUGUUCCUCGCGAAUGUUUCUAUCUGUACAAUUUUUUUUUUUCAAAUUUUAGCAAUCAGGUACCAUACCUACACCUACAUGAUUGAUUGGUUUAUACAGUGUCGCGAUGCUUAAAACAUUUUGUUGUUUUAGUCUGCGAACGAAAAAAAAACAAUUUUUUGUUUAAAAGGAACUUGUCUUUUUUUUCGUCCCCGAUUUUCAUUUUGGAAACGCAUUUUUAAAGCUUUUUGAAUGAGAACAACUCGUAAGUAAUUGAUUUUUCAAAAUUGAAUGAAUUGUAUUUUCCUUGCAUUUUUUUAAAUAUAUAAAUUACGAAAAUUUUGUCAUUUUCCAACUUCAAAGAAAGGAAAGAAUGCAAUUUGUGACGUCACUAUGAGCUUAAUUUUGAAUCAAAAAUUGCUGUGAAAUAUUAAAAUCUUUGUUAAUUUUUUCAUUAUUAAUAUUUUAAAACAAGUUUUAAAAGACAUUAAAAAACGUGUUUAAAACUACCUGGAACACUAUGAGUUUAUGUAUGUGUACCUCAUGUUUUUAUAUAAAACCUGUUGAUUCGAUUGUGGUUUUUCUAUUAUAUUUGUACACUUACAAAUAGGUAGGUACCUACCUAUCAGGAAUUUGUUUUCACUGAUUUUUUUUCACACGGAUAUUCCGUACUUGAACCAAAUUUUUUAUAUUUCAUUUCAUUUCUUCAGGUAUCUACCUACCUUUUAUUUUACUUUUAAAUACCUAGAUGCAUAUGUAACUAGGAAUAUAUCUUAAGAAUUUAUAUCUAUCGCAUAUUUUAUCAUGCCUUAGGCACACCUUUAAGUCGUUUUUCAUCCAUGAGUCUUGUAUUCAUUUGAUUGUGAUACUUCAUUUAUCUCAAGUACUUACCAUUAAAGUUUUUUUUAAACGAA